UUAUUAGCUACAAAUUUUUGUCAUUCAAAUCAAAACAAAAGCUACGACGAUAACAAGAGAGAGAAAAGAGAAAGAGAAAGCUUAGACUUUUUCUUCCAUAAAGCUCAAUACCCAUUACCCAAAAGCGCGUUCUUCUUCUUCUUUUUUUCUUUGUUUAACAUUUCCAGGAUUUUUAAUCAAAUACCAAUGAGUGAUCAACUAGUUUUGUGUGCUGAUCGUCUCAUAACACCUGAAAGUUUGCAAUCAAUGGAAAAAGCUAAGGAGCCAGGAUCUUCUGGGGAGUGUUCAUCUUCCCAUACUGCUGAUCUACCCACUUGUGUAAUUGAUGUUGAGGGAGGGGGGGAACAUGGUGUAUCUGAAGAAGAAGAACCACUUCUGCAAACAAUGGAAUGUCGCAUUUGCCAGGAGGAGGAUAGCAUUAAUAAUUUGGAGGCACCAUGUGCCUGUAGUGGUAGUUUGAAGUUUGCCCACAGGAAAUGUGUUCAGCGAUGGUGCAACGAAAAAGGAGAUAUAACCUGUGAGAUAUGUCAUCAGCCUUACCAACCUAAUUACACUGCCUCACCACCUCUUCCAUUAGAAGAUACAGCAAUUGAUAUCAGUGAGGGUUGGACUAUUGCUGGGACUCCUUUGGAUUUGCACGAUCCUCGAAUUUUGGCUAUGGCUGCAGCAGAGCGUCAUUUUUUGGAGGCUGAAUAUGAUGAAUAUGCUGAUUCCAGUGCUAGUGGAGCUGCAUUUUGCCGUUCUGCUGCUUUAAUUCUAAUGGCUCUUCUGCUCCUGAGGCAUGCUAUGUCUCUUACUGGAGAUAGUGAUGAAGAUGCUUCUACGUUUUUCUCUCUUUUCCUGAUACGGGCUGCUGGAUUUCUUCUCCCAUGUUACAUCAUGGCCUGGGCCAUCAGCAUAUUGCAGAGACGAAGGCAAAGACAGGAAGCAGCAGCACUUGCAGCUACUGAGGUUGCAUUCAUGCUACAGGCAGGUCAACGACGGGGAUUGCAAUUCACAAUUGCACCUGGACUUGCAGUGAAUCCUCACCAAGCUGCAACUCCACAGCAAGAGCCACUUCAAUGAUGAAAUGAAUGGGGAUGCUAGUACAGAAGCAUGAGUGAUCAUCUUACUUGUGCUUUGUAUCUCUAAUUGGGUUUAUGUUGAAAACUCGUAUUUUCACAUUAUUUCUGACGUGUGUGUACAUAAAUCUUUGAUCACACAGCCGGAUUUGUGUUGCUUGAGAAACUUUGUAAGUGGGAGAGCUAUAGUCUUCCAAUGAACAUAUCAUCAAGAUCUUCUCAAGUUUUGUUGUGAAUGGCGGUCUGCAUGAUUCUUCAUGCAUGCAUUACUAUGUAUUUGUCUGUCCAUCUUGUAUACAGAAACCAGCGGAUAUUGUUUGAGUGCAGAGGUAUUAUUAAUUCAAUAUAGCUCGGGCGCGCAUGCACACACACUAUCAGGUUUCUCAUGUGGCCAAUAAGAAGGCUGGCCUUCAGUUCCUUUCUCUAAUCCAAGCAUUGUUGAAGUAAUAUACUAGUCUGUAUGUUGUACUGUCAUGGUAAUUACCAUCGAUGUAUGGGAGUGUUAAUGGUAUAAAUGUUAUUACCAUGUUCUAAUUGCCAAUCUUAGUCGAUAAGGUAUGGUGAUUUCUUGUUA